UUAGAAUGUAAAAUUAAAUUGUGUUGUUUUGCAGAUUUCUACCAAUACUUUAAUGUUUUAAUCAUUUCAUAAAUCAUUUUGUUUUAGUUUUUGUUUAUUUUACUAUUAAAUUUGCUGGUUUUACCAGAUCAGAGGAAAGAUUCUAACAAAAGAAACAGUGUUCAAUUCUGAUGCGAUACAAAGAGCAACAACAACAUGUUGCUGCAUCAUUUUUCCCACCUCCAGUCACAGUUCUUCUAGCGAUGGACGGUGCCCAUGAGAGGAAAACUGCCAUUAUUUUUAGUUUUAGUUUUUGAUGCGAGAAGAUUUUUUUCUUUUUUUUUACAUAUAUUCUGCAGCAGUAAAUGAUGAAAACAACCUGUCCAGAUACACGAAGAGAUAAAACCAAACUGUGUUCCAAAAAUAAAAGCUUCCAGUUGAAUCAUGGAGGAUUUCAGUUGGCAGAUGAUCACAGAUCCGUCAUACUAAAAGAAGAGCUUCAGGGUUUGAGAAGAGUGGACUCUGAAUUGUGUCUUUCAGCUUUUGUGGUUUUAUAUGAUCUGAAAUGUAUUUUUUUAUUAGCUUAAAUGUCAUUCAUUGAUCUAGAAACUGUCAGUUGUUGCUAUUUUUAAUUCAAAAAUGCUCUUUUUAGAGGUCAAAGUGAAUCUUUUUCUUCCUCUUCUGCUGCAGAUAUAGUCAUGGAGGAUGCUCCUGUAGUUCUGGCUCCUCCUCCUCCUCCCCCCCCUCCUCGUAUACUGACUCCUUCCACCGUCACCACCUCCACCUUCACAUCCGUGCCCCCCGCCAGCACCGCCGUGACCCCGUCUGUCCCGACCUCACAGACUGUACAGCCAGAAAGGGAGAGCUGGAGAGGCGGCGGCGGCGGUGGGGGAGGCGGCAGCCGCUUUGGGCUGACCAAAGAGGUGCUGUCGGCUCACACCCAGCAGGAGGAGCAGGCGUUCCUCGACCGCUUUAAGGACCUGAGUAAGCUGCGGGUGUUUGAUCAGACGGCGUCUUUGGCGGCACGCUGCCAUGUCCCCGCCGCUCUGCCGAGAGGCGUGCGCUGCUCUCGGGAUUACCCCGCCGCAGGAGGCGGUAGCGCCCACCGACGGGGGCGGGGUGGAAAGCGGCUAAAGCACCAGGAGUCGUCGGAGCCGCACGCCCCCCCGGGCGCCAGGGGGAACCGCCAGGACAACCGAGUCGGCGCCGCCCCCAUGUCAAUCUCCAUGGGGGUGGGGGCCGCUGCAAACUCCUCCUCCUGGCCCUCCGCCGGCUCCCAGGCCAGCAUGCCC